AUGAAAAUUGGUGGUGAACGUGGUUUCCACUGCACUUGGGAUGAUUGUGACAAGCAUGUUUUCACUCGCAAAACAGACCUGUGCAGGCAUUCUCGGAUACACACCAACGAGCGACCAUACCAAUGCACCGUCAAAGGUUGCAGUAAAAGUUGUCUCCAGCGGAGUACAUUGAGUGUACAUUUGCGGACGCAUACAGGACAGAUACCUCACGUUCGUGAAUAUGGAGGAUGCCAUAAGGCCUUUUCUGACGCACGCAGAGGACGACCCUUUAUCUGUCAGAAUUCAACAUGCAAGAACAUAUUUCGCCGCAAGGAAACACUGACCAAACACCAACAUCGUUUGCAUCCCCGAAACGUCGUAAUCCCGCUGCCCUCUAAACAGGUGAUUUCCGAUGAGUUGUUUCCGGAGCAAGCCGGAGACGCCAACGAACACCUGUACAUAACGCCGGUGCCCGUGCAAGAUCCAGCCCAGCUUUGUGAUCAGCAAUACUACGUACAACCAGUGCAACAGUGGCAGCGGUAUGAUCCCGUAUGCCAGCGAUAUACACCGCCGGGACCUUUUCUGGCCAGAGGCCUCAUCCGCUGA